AAAGGCAACCAGUAACAUCUGAUCCACCACAAAAUUAGGAUAAAGGACUGAUUCAAGAAAGACUACAAUAUGGAUUUAGAGCUCAAGGAGUAUUAUAACAAGACCCUUGUUGCGGAGAAUGACACCACUUCCACUCGGAAUUCUGAUUUCCCCGUCUGGGAUGACUAUAAGAGCAGUGUAGAUGACCUGCAGUAUUUUCUGAUUGGGCUCUAUACAUUUGUAAGUCUUCUUGGCUUUAUGGGGAAUCUACUGAUUUUAAUGGCUCUCAUGAAAAAACGUAACCAGAAGACUACAGUAAACUUUCUCAUAGGAAAUCUGGCCUUUUCUGAUAUCUUGGUCGUGCUGUUCUGCUCACCUUUCACACUGACCUCCAUCUUGCUGGAUCAGUGGAUGUUCGGGAAAGUCAUGUGCCACGUCAUGCCUUUCCUUCAAUGUGUAUCAGUUUUGGUUUCAACUUUAAUUUUAAUAUCCAUUGCCAUUGUCAGGUACCAUAUGAUAAAACAUCCUAUAUCUAAUAACUUAACAGCAAACCAUGGCUACUUUCUCAUAGCUACUGUCUGGACACUAGGUUUUGCAAUUUGUUCUCCCCUCCCAGUGUUUCACAGUCUUGUGGAACUUCAGGAAACGUUUGGCUCAGCGUUGCUGAGCAGCAGAUAUUUAUGUGUUGAAUCAUGGCCGUCUGAUUCAUACAGAAUUGCCUUUACUAUCUCUUUAUUGCUGGUUCAGUAUAUUCUGCCCUUAAUUUGUCUAACUGUAAGUCAUACGAGUGUCUGCAGGAGUGUAAGCUGUGGGUUGUCCAACAAAGAAAACAGGCUGGAAGAAAAUGAGAUGAUCAACUUAACUCUCCAUCCAUCCAAAAAAAGUGGACCUCAGGUGAAACUCGCCAGCCGCCAAAAAUGGAGUUACUCAUUCAUCAGAAAGCACAGAAGACGGUACAGCAAGAAGACGGCCUGCGUGCUGCCUGCCCCAGCCAGACCUUCUCACCAGAACCACGUGAGAUCACUUCCAGAAAACCUCCACUCUGGGAGAAGCCAGCUCUCUUCAUCCAGUAAGUUCAUACCAGGGGUCCCCACUUGCUUUGAGAUGAAACCAGAAGAAAACUCAGACGCUCACGAAAUGAGAGUAAAACGUUCUGUCAAGAGAAUAAAAAAGAGAUCUCGAAGUGUUUUCUACAGGCUGACUGUGCUGAUACUAGUGUUUGCUGUGAGCUGGAUGCCCCUGCACCUUUUCCACGUGGUAACUGACUUUAAUGACAACCUUAUUUCCAACAGGCAUUUCAAGUUGGUGUAUUGCAUUUGUCAUUUGUUAGGCAUGAUGUCCUGUUGUCUCAAUCCAAUUCUGUAUGGAUUUCUUAAUAAUGGCAUUAAAGCUGACUUAAUGUCCCUUAUACACUGUCUUCAUAUGUCAUAG